AUGGAUUUCAAGCGUGUGAAGGAGUAUCUUGCCUGGCUCUACUAUCAGUAUCAAAUCAUCACCUGCUGUGCAGUCAUGGAGCCUUGGGAGCAGUCCAUGCUCAACACCAUCUUGCUAACCAUUGUUGCUAUGGUGGUCUACACUGCCUACGUCUUUAUCCCCAUCCACAUCCGCCUGGCUUGGGAAUUUUUCUCCAAAAUAUGUGGAUACGACAGUUCAGUUUCUAGCUGA